UCCCCUCCUCUCCCCCUCACCCCACUCCUCCCAAUCUGCGAUAAACUAAGUGAUAGCAGCAGCCCGUCGGACUGUCGGCUAUAAAACACAACAAAUCAUAAAGUGCGGGCAGGGGAAGGCUGAGGAAGGAGGACGGGAGGGAGAACCGUUAGCCGUUAGCCGUUAGCAUCCUUCUACUCCUCCUCCUUCUUCUUCUUCAUCGUGUGAACGUUGUUGUUGUGUUUGUUCGUGCCCUCCUGUCCUCCCCUCUCCUCUUCUUCUCCUCUCCUCUCUUCUGUCUUCUUCUCUCUUCUCCUACUUCUUCUUCUUCUCCUCUCCUACUUUCUCCCGAUGAGUUCCUAUUUUGUCAACUCCACUUUCCCGGUCACGCUACCGGGAACGGGUGCUGGCGGGCAGGCGGCGGAGUCAUUCCUGGGUCAGAUCCCGCUCUACUCGUCGGGAUACGCCGCCGACCACCCGCUCCGGCACUACUCGGGGGCAGCAGCCGUUUCCGCUGCAGCAGCCGUGGCGUACGGCGCCAGCGGCGGCGUGCACCAGGAGAAACCGUACCCGGCGUCCACCUACUACCAGCAGGCGGCGAACGGUGCGUACGGCGGGCACCGGGCGGCGCAAGGGGUCGGUGUAGGGGGCACAACCGGAGCCGGUGCCUGCGACUACGCCACGGCAGCGGCGGCAGCGGCGGCUGCGGCAGCGGCCACGAGCUUUUACCGGGACAAGGAGCACCCGUGUAGCCUGGAAGAGCACCAGCUCGCGUUGAGCCAGGACGGCAUGCGUAAAGCGGAGUGCGCCGGGCUGAGCGGAAAAGGGAUGUUCGGUGAAACGAUGGACGACAAGCUGCAGUCCUCAGCACCCAUUUACCCGUGGAUGCAGCGGAUGAACUCCUGCAACGGGACCUUCAGCAGCCCCGGGAGGCGCGGGCGGCAGACGUACACGCGCUACCAGACUCUCGAGCUGGAGAAGGAGUUCCACUUCAACCGGUACCUCACGCGGCGGCGGCGGAUCGAGAUCGCGCACGCGCUCUGCCUCACGGAGCGGCAGAUCAAGAUCUGGUUCCAGAACCGGAGGAUGAAGUGGAAGAAGGAGAACAAGCUGAUCAACUCGUCCUCUUCCUCGUCGUCCUCGUCCUCCACGGUGAACGGUACAGAGGAAGAGGAGAAACGGACGGAGUGACAGAGGUGGAGGAAAAACAGACAGAUGUGAGACGCGAGAGGAGGAUGGAGAAAAAGACAUAACGCUGGUGAAACCGUUCCUCUUCCCUUCUCAAAGUUCGUCUGAUGUGAAAACUCUGGGAAAAGUAGCCUACGAUUGAUUUUUUUUUUUUUUUUUACCUGAGCAGGGGUGUCAAGAGAAGGAAGAGGGGGAAGGAUUCCUUUUUUGAAUCCCUCAAAAAAAUGUAUCCAACUGGCUCUCUGUGUGGUCCGAACAAUGGGAAACAAUUCGCAACAGACACUUGAGAAGGAACCGUGGGACUGUGUAAAGAGCAGAUAGCCUACAUAGGAAAAGAGAAAAAUAGAAACAAGAACGUAAACGAGGGGGUGGGGGGGGGGGGGGUAUGAGAAGGUGUAUUUAAAAAUA